CACUCAGCUGGUCCAUUUCUUUCUCCACUGUCCUCAUGGUAUCACACGCGGCGGUAGGCAGUCAGCCGACGGAGCAAUCAAUGACAAUGGGUCUGAUACUGUAAGAGUAGGUGAAAAGCAGCCCGGAUCCCCAUUUCCACUCCUUGCGACGGACAGGUUCUUCUCUUUCUUUUCUUCUGCGCAUGACACGUCUGCGGCUCGCACAUUAUUGGUAUAUCCAGAUCCCGUCCGGGACUCCCUUCUGUAUAGCUACUUUCCCGAUCCUGUCUCUGUCGAUAUGCCAAGUUUGACCCCGGACCAUGGUCGACGGGCUGGCGCGGCCGCUGCGAUCGCGAUCAAAGGCAGGCAGGCAGACAAUCAGUCAGUCUCCCGCGCCCCCUCGUUGGUGACUGAACUUCCCCUCGUGGGAGCCAUGCGGCCAGCUCUGGCUGUUGGAAUCAGCGGAGCCUGCUACACGCCAGGACAGGACAGGACAGGUAUUGUUUACCAUGAAGACACGUCCCUCCCGUUUCUCUUUUCCCUUCCUUUUCCUCUCACCAAUAUCCAUCCAACCUUUCAAUCCCCAAACACUGUCAUUGAAUCUCAUUUGCAACCUCUACGGUCAAAGAGAGUCAGACAUAAUCUGAGCCAUCAUCCUGAUCCUUUGUAUCCCGCCUGGUUCGCACCAUGGCCGCAUCGAAGAAGGACAAGAAACCUGCCGAAUCCAAGGUGACAGGCAGGAAACCAGUCGCCGAGAUUCCAGCCACAUGGAGUACAGCCAAGCUGACUUUAUUUCUCCUACAAAUUGUGCAAGAGACCAACGCCUCUCCCGGCGCGGAGCAAUGGGCGGCUAUCGCAGAAGCCAUGGGCGAAAGCGAGGAACUUUGUCGUUCCACGUUUGCCAAACUGUCCAUGCGCAAGAUAUUGGCCGAGAAUAAGAAUAGGAGGGGGAUUCAACGAUACCGACAAAAAAUCAUGAAGAAGCUGAAGAAUAUGAGAAACCCACGUCCGCGCAAGCGAGGAAAAAAGAAUAGCGACGCCAGUUCCUUGACCGGCAGCAACGGGACCACACUGGAGAAGCCAGGGGACAAGAAGUCUGAGGAGGGGAUGCCGGAACAGACGAAGCCUGACAGCGACAAGCCAGAAGACGAGAAGGCUGAGGGCAAGAAAGGCAAGAAGCCAAAAGGGAAGAAGUCAAAAGACAAGAAGCCCAAUGACAAGAAGUCUGAGGAGAAGAUGCCGGAACAGACGAAUCCUGACGACAACAAGCCAGAAGACAAGAAUCCCGAUGACAAGACACCAGAAGAUCAGAAGCCAGAGGAGAAGCAGUCUGAGGGAAAGCAGAUCGAGACCGGUAUGGCCUUGACCGAGGCCGAAGUCGAGGCCGAGAUCAAGAACAAGCUCAAGACGCAGAGCAAGAAAAAGAGGAACAGAAAGACUCGCAACAAGAACAAGGUCACGAAAUCUGGUCCAGAGGUCGCGAAGGGCAAAGCAGUUUCCAACGAGCAACAUGCUAGCGGAGUCAACACUGUACCACUUGGACCACGAAGCAAGGACUUGACAACUGCUGCCCCGGUAGCGACUGAUGCCCCGAUGGCGAUUGAUGCUCCGUUCACGACUGAGGCUCCAUUGGCGACUGAUGAUGUGCUGGCAACUGACACUCCGAUGGCGACUGAGGCUCUGUUGCCAACUGAUGCUGUGCUGGCAACUGAUACUCCGUUGGUGACGGAUGCAUCGCUGGCAACUCAAACACCGUUGGCAACUGAUACUCCGAUGGCGCUUGACGCUCCUUUGACGACUGAUGAUGCUUUGGCAACUGAUCCUUCGCUGACGACUGAUACUCAGAUGGCGAUUGAUGCUCCGUUGGUGACUGAUGAUCCAUUGACGACUGAUGCUCCACUGUCUACUGGUACACCUUUGCCGACUGACUCUCCGCUGACGCCUGAUGAUCCAUUGAGGGCUGCUGCUUCGCUGGCGACUGACGCUCCGUUGACGACUACUGCGUUGGCGACUCCUCCUACCUCUGAAACUGAGGUGCUGACGGACCACGAGGUGCCAUCCUCUCCGGACUUUUUCGAUGAACUUUUGGCGUACUUCGACCAGGUGACGGAGGAGAGUGAAUCAGCCACAGCAAGUGAAGACGUUCAAGAAGACAAAGACAUCACUGGAUAGGCAUCUGUCUGACCUUUCGAAUUGCGACUUUCUAGUUGAAGAUUUGGUGAGGUUCUCGACGCCAGGAUAGACAUCCGUCGCUCCUGAAUAGCAAAGGAGGAGACCGUGUGCUUUAGGCAUAUCCCUCAGGAAACGCGUGUCGACUUUUUCUGGCUACAGACAGCGGUUGGACUACGGGCUGGGGAGAGGAUGACUCCAAGCUGUUGCGUGCAAAACGGCUCGGUUCGCGAGGAUCCGACGAAGAGCUUGCUUUUGUGCUGGCAAGUGGCCAACGUGUAUGAUCGAGAGAGAAAAUCGGAGUCGAGCAGGCUUCCUAUCUCGGAACCGAAGCAGUUCAAACUCUUGAUCUUCAAUCAGUGGCACCUCUUUGAAUCCAUUGUCUUGUCCAUGAUCAUCGAUGAUCUGGCUAUCAGUCUUCCGCUACAGUACGCAUACCUGGGCUCAGCAGGUCUUCAUGAAGCGAACAGGUCAAAUAGUAGACACGUGUAACGAUCAGUUGGUGCCCGAGUGAUCUUGCCAAUAGUUCACCCUAGGCAAUCGAGAUUAACGGGGAAAACUGCUUGAUGUUCAAAACUUUCG